GUAAUAUUGUUCUGUGGUUUACAGAGUAGUAACUUUUAAUUAUUAUCACAUAACUUAAUUACUUUAGGAGAUUAUUAUCAACUUUAAUAACACUGGAAUUUGUACUUAUUGAAAAUUAUAUUUAAGACAAGCUCAUUAAAGUGACUUUUACCGGUGUGAAAUGCAUAGUUUACUGAAAAGAAGCAAGCAAUACUGCAGGUUCAAAAGGAUUAAUUAGGAGAUACAUAAAUAUAAGAAACAGUUCAAAUGGCCAACCAUUGGACAAACAAGUAUGCCAUAUGGCAGGACUUGUCUGUUGCGCAGGGCAGGGAGGUACCAGUAGAGAUCGACAACACAGUUAUAGUGGCACAGGAUGAAAGACCUCCACCUUUGCCCAUCAUUGAAGACACUGAAGAUGAAUUUUACGCUAACUAUGUUGGUGCAGGAGACAGUAUCUGUGGACCGGACCUGGAUUUAAUUUCAAAAAUGCUUCAAGAGGUGAGCCGGCCAACAGAUGCAACCCUCACUGAAGAACCCCCCACCUUGUGCCCAGUGGGAAAUGCAAGCGUGAGCAUGUUCAAAAGGAAGGAGAAAAAGAGAGAUCUGGAGAAUGGCCUAACGUCUACACCUAAACCGUCUGACCCGGAAGCGGAGCAACCCCGUCCGUACGUGCCGUCCGCCCGCGCCGCGGACUACUAUAGCAGGUUCCACGAGCAGAACAGAGCCCGCGAGCUCCGAGAGGAGAGUAUCUGGACUAUAGCGGAGCGUCAGAUGAAACAGCUCGACGUAAAAAGGAAACUUAAUGCAUUUUCACGUACUGGAAGCGAACCUGACUCAAGCAGCUUCGGGGCACAGGGUAUGGAUCUGGUCAGACUGCCGAUGCAUCGCCACGUGUACACAGAUGUUUCGGAUUGUGUAGUGUGCGAAGUGUUUUGUAAAAAUAAAAAAGCUUUUCAAAAAAACAUUAUAGAGCCCCAAAAGUCUGCUGGUUGUGAACGCCAGUCGGAAUCGUAAAUUUUAUUCGAAAUUAUUAUUUUAAAUUAUAAAUUAGAGAAAAGGGUAAAGUAGAAGUAGAACUUUUCUUAGUAAUAUAUCUACAUUUUGUGAGAGAACUCGUAGUAAGGGGAAGUAUUACAACCUUGCUUAUUUCUGCCGCCUAGCGGUCUGAAAGAAGUGGUUGCUGUUGAAUGAAUGAUUGAAUGAAUAUACUUUUAUUGUACACCACAAGUGCAUUAAACAAAAAGGCAAUCAUAGCGAUCUCUUCCAGUAUUGAAUUAUAAUUUAUGGAAUUCCAAAAACACCAUGCUCGAAGCAUGUAAAAAAUUAUUGUGAUAAUGUGCGUUAGCGUACACCAAAACAUCUUAGAUGAUAAUAUAUUAUUUUAGAAAAAAUGUCGUCAUAACAAAAGUUCGAAGUAACUUUUUAAAAGCAUAACACAAGCGGUUUAUUCGGUUUUUUAAACUCCCGCGGCAGCCGUUGGUUUCUUGUUAUUUCCUACAGUUUAUUUUCACUUGUGUUAUCAUCAUAUUAUAUAUGCCCAUAACCGGCCCACUACAGAGCACGAGUCUCGAACGAUGAGAAGUGUGAAGGCAGUAGUGCAACACCCUGGCUCAGUGCGGAUUGGUGGACUCCAAACGCCUUUGAGAACAUUAUAGAGAAGGCACGCAGGUUUCCUCACGAAGUUUUUCUUCACCGUUGAAUCAAGUUAGAUAUUUAAUUACUUAAAACGCACAUAACUUUGAAAAGUUAAUGGUGCGUAUUAGGAUUCGAACUCGGCCUCAAGAAAGUAAAGCCGAAGUACUCACCACUAAGUUAUUACCGCUUUACUUCCAUUGUAUUGUAAUGUAAACAAUCUUUUUGUUAAUUUUUACCGACGAUUUGUUAUCGACUUGUAUAGUUUUUAAACAAGUCAGAAUGAGCUAUAGAAUUCUAUUAACAUACUGUUAUUCUAAUUAAGAAAAUUUGUGUUUACAGAAUAAGUGACUGUGGUAAUAAAAUAUAUUAUAUUUUAUUUUUAUA